GGGCUGCUCCCAAGUGGGUGUGAUCAGAGCGCUGAUUGAAGCUGGCAUCCCUGUGGAUAUGAUCGGAGGAACAUCUAUUGGUGCCUUCAUGAGUGCCUUGUAUGCUGAAGAGCGCAGCUACAAUCAGAUGAGGAUCAAAGCCAGGCAGUGGGCCAUGGUUAUAAACUCUGUGUUUAAGACCAUUCUGGACUUAACAUAUCCAAUAACCUCUAUGUUUUCGGGAGCAGCUUUUAACAGCAGCAUCAACAACAUCUUCAAAGAUAAGCAGAUAGAGGACCUGUGGAUUCCUUACUUUGCCAUCACAACAGACAUCACUGCCUCAGCAAUGCGGGUUCACACAGACGGCUCUCUGUGGAGAUACAUCCGUGCCAGCAUGUCCCUCUCUGGGUAUAUGCCUCCUCUGUGUGACCCAAAGGAUGGGCACCUCUUGAUGGAUGGAGGCUACAUCAACAACCUUCCAGCUGAUGUUGCACGGUCCACGGGCGCAAAGGUGGUGAUCGCCAUCGAUGUGGGGAGCCGGGAUGAGACUGACCUCACCAACUACGGCGACUGCUUGUCUGGCUGGUGGCUGCUCUGGAAGAGGUGGAAUCCACUGGCUGAGAAAGUCAAGGUGCUGAACAUGGCCGAGAUCCAGACACGCCUGGCGUAUGUGUGCUGUGUGCGGCAGCUGGAGAUGGUGAAGAACAGCGACUACUGCGAGUACAUCCGCCCGCCCAUCGACCGCUACGGCACGCUGGAGUUCGGCAAGUUCGACGAGAUCUGUGAAGUGGGAUAUCAGCAUGGGAAAACUGUAUUUAAUGUCUGGUGCAGGAGUGGAGUCCUUGACAAGAUGCUAAGAGACAGGCAAGAGACUCGCAAGUCCAAAACUGAUAACGUGACCUGUCCCACCACCUCCUUCACGGACCUGGCAGAAAUUGUGUCCCGGAUCGAGCCCGUGAAGGCACCGGUGGCAGAUGAUGAGUCAGAUUACCAGACCGAGUACGAGGAAGAAGUUCUGGGCAUCCAGAAGGAUGAUUACAUCGACUUCGCGCACCACCAGGCUGAGGAAGACUCCGACUCGGAUGAAGAGAUGCAGCUAAGAAAGCGCAGGAACCUCCCCAGUGUGGAGAGCCAGGCGAGCAGCACGGGAGAGCCGGAAUAG